CGUGGGAGCGGAGGAAGGAGGGCGUGAGGGAGAGUGCGACGCGUUGCGUCAUAUGGGUACGUAUGUACUAGCGAUACGGUUGAUGACAAGCAUGCCGCGUUUCGGAGCCGUCCGGAGGAACGAGAACGUCGAGGAUCGCCGCCGCGAGGAGGAGAGAUGCUGCCGGCGUGGAUUCACGGCUGCUACGUACGUAGCCACGGCAAGACCUCUCACGUGAACGCGAAGCGCGGGGAUGCCACGGACCCCACGGACACGACGGGUAUGUCACCGAGACUCCUCGUCACUUUUCUCAUCAUCACGAUCGUCGUCGUCGUCAGUACGUUGCUGUCGAGAUACAUAGGCGGCCACCUGUCUGCCAAUUCCACGGAACAGAAAUUCCAUAACGGCCGUUCCGUAUUCGUGCCACUUAGCUCUGAGGGCGUUUUGAAUGUUUAUGAUGAUUACACGUUCACCAUUUCGAAGAGAAACACAGAGCUGGAUAAGGUUCAAUGUACCGCAGCGUCAACAGCGGAGGCCCUGGCAUCUUUGCACUUGGCACUAGAUAUGAAGCUAUCUGGGAAACAGGAGAAAGCUAUAAAAUUGUUUCAGCAUGCAGUGGCGUUGGCACCUUGUCAUCCGGAUAUUCUGAAUUACUAUGGGGAGUUUCUGGAGCACACUCAGAACAAUGUGAUCAAGGCUAAUGAAUUUUACGUGCGCGCAUUAACUUACGAGCCAAAUCACGAGGGCGCUUUAAUAAAUAAUCAAAGGACAGCUCGCGUGGUUGAGGAACUUGACAGGUUAAUGCUUAGGCGCAUUGAUGACAAGAGAAAUACACUAUCCAACAUACCUGACAACAAUGCUGCGUUGAUACGUGCGAAAAAAGAGGCUUACUUCCAACAUAUCUAUCAUACAGUCGGAAUCGAGGGUAAUACUAUGAAUCUGGCGCAGACGAGAGCUAUAGUUGAGACACGUAUUGCGGUGGCUGGAAAGAGUAUCGACGAACACAAUGAGAUCCUUGGAUUAGAUGCUGCUAUGAAGUACAUCAAUGCGACCUUGGUUAAUAGAGUAGGGUCCAUCUCUAUAAAGGAUAUACUGGAGAUACACAGGCGUGUGCUAGGACACGUAGAUCCCAUCGAGGGUGGUCAGUUUCGAAGGACUCAAGUGUACGUCGGUGGUCAUAUACCUCCAGGUCCUAGUGACAUACAUUAUCUGAUGGAGGAGUUUGUAUUAUGGUUGAACAGUGAACAAGCUAUCAGGAUGCAUCCAGUGAGGUAUGCAGCUCUCACACAUUACAAACUGGUACAUAUACAUCCAUUUACCGAUGGAAACGGCAGAACAUCCCGCUUGCUCAUGAAUAUGAUUCUAAUGCAAGCCGGAUAUCCACCUGUUAUCAUUCAUAAACAGCAUCGCCAUAAAUAUUACGAGUACUUGCAAUUAGCCAAUGCCGGAGAUGUUCGGCCGUUUGUGAGAUUCAUAGCAGAAUGCACAGAGCAGACGUUAGAUUUGUUCUUAUGGGCGACCAGCGAAUUUUCUCGAGAAGUUCCUGCACUGAGUCAAGAGACAUUAUUUACAGAAAAGCACAAUACAAUUAUUAUAGAGGAUAAUGAUGAUAUUCUGGAAAAUGAUUGAGAAUUAACGUUAAGUAGCGUCUGGGAAGUAUUUUUGAGACCAAAGAAUGUUAACAUUAUUUAUACUCGAUAUCAUUAUUUAUUGAAAAUUAUAAUUUUUAAACGAAACCUUAAACGAACUGAGUAAAUAACGUACACAAUUUAAAAAUUUAAAGAUACGAAGUAAGAGAUAUCAUCAACCAUCAGAACGAGAUUUGUCUACAACUGUGUUAGAGUUGAAACAUACCUGCUCUGUGCCUGUUUGUGAUUUAAAAAGUAUUGUUAUUUAUGAACUGCCAAUUUUAACGUGUGUCCAUGUAAAUACGAAUCUCUUCCACUCUGUUUAGAAUAAAUUAUAUUUAUAAUGUAUAUAAUAAAUGUGAUAGCAACUUUCAAAA